AUGCCACCCUCCUACCCUGACUACCGCCACGGCGACAGCAUCGACUCGGACCGCACCGCCUCGGAUGCCACGCUCGACGACGAGAAACGCCGCGCCCCACCGACGAGGUAUCGGGACGAUGAGAACGCCAUCGACAGCUCCACAGAGGACGUAGCUGCGCAGACCUACCCGCCAAGAGGCGGUGGUGACUCGCGGUCAGGCCGGCCGGGUCGCAACGGCAGGGGGACCGCCUCACGCGACGACGUCGACAGCGACGACGACGAUGACGACGCCAACGACGACGACGCGGGGACAGGGAAGCUCCGACUGGACGAGGAAGAAGAGGUCGGGCUGAUGCAGCUGGACCGCGAUGGCAAGAGCUCCAUGGCGAGAAAACGUCGAGGCUCGCUCUUCCUUGGAAAGCGUCGAGGCAAGGGCAGGCGCGGCAUCGCAUCGGGCGGCUUCCUCGUCUUUGUCGGCGUGCUCGCCGGCUUCGCGCUCGCCAUACCCCUGUUGCAGUGGCUGUCGUCGUCGGGGCCAUACGAAGUGGACAGCACAGCAGGCGGGUCCUCUGUCCACGCCAGCCAGGGCAAGCCACCAGCGGCCAGCGGCGUUGCCAAAGUCCCGGCCUCGAGCAACGAUGGCGGGGGCCACUGGGGCCUCGCCCACUUCGAGCACGCCCGCGUCAACUUCGAGGUGCCCGGCUGGGACAGCGUCGCCGAGGCGGCCGCCGGCACAGGCCUUUCCGAGUCCGAGGUGUCGAGCUUCAAGACAGCCGACGGCAAGGACCUCAUGCCGCUCGACCUCGACAUUGUCCUCGGCGGCACGCUGCGGCCGCAGCGAGAGGAUCUUACCUGGUCGGCCGAGGAUCCCGACGUGGGCGUCUUUUCCCACGUCGACUGGACCGAGCGCGACAUCUAUAUCGAGGACGUCACCCACGCCCGCAAGGACAAGCUGGGCGAGGGCGACGUGGCCAAGGGCGGCGGCAAGGUCCUCUACGUCGAGGGCAAGGACGUGCUCGACCACAACAACCACAAGCUCACCUGGACCAGCUACAAGAUCUCGCCCGACAUGAAGUGGGUCAUGUUCUUUUCCAGCGAACAGAAGCAGUGGCGCUACUCGCAGCACGCCAACGUCUGGCUCCACAGCGUGGCCGACAAAAAGACGACUGCCAUCGGCGGCGGGCCUUCGUGGCCGCCAACGAUCUCGUACGCUGCCUGGGCCCCGCUGCGGCGGCAACGGACCGACGCGGCCAGCCAAACGCCCGGCGUCGCCUACGUCCAGGGCAACAACCUCUUCUUCAUCCCCAAGCCGGGCGCGCUGCCGGUCCAGAUCACCAACGACGGCGACGCCACCAUCUUCAACGCGGUGCCCGACUGGGUGUACGAGGAAGAGGUGUUCAGCUCCGACUCGGCCAUGUGGUUCAGCCCGGGCGGCAGCAAGCUCGUCUUUCUCCGCUUCGACGAGACAAAGGUGCCAAUCUACGAGUUCCCCGUCUACAACCCGGAUCCGUUCAUGUCCGGCAAGGCGACGCCCUACCUCGAGACGACCAAGAUGCGCUACCCGAAGCCGGGCUACCCGAAUCCGCUGGUGAGCGCGCACAUGGUCGACCUCGACGAGAUCUACGAUGCGGCCAGUCGCCAGGGUGGCGCGGCGAUCCGCAGCACGCCGUUUGUGCUGGCCAGCCCGGGCGGAUCGACCGUCGGCGCAGACAAGGCGGCAAACGACGUCGAUGCGGCGCUGACGGGCCCGGACGUGGCAGACGAGCGGCUGGUGACCGAGGUAACGUGGCUCAACGACGACGAGCUGCUCGUGCGCGAGACGGACCGGUUCAGCGACGUCAUGCGCCUCGUACUCUACCAGCUGGGCAAGGGCGGCAAGCGGCGUCGGCAGCGGGGCGGGGAAGGGGAAGGCAACGGCGUCGACGCAGCGACGAGGGACAAGGCCAUCGACGUCGAGGGCCGAGUGGUCCGGCGAGACGAUGCACGCAAGGACGGCAAGGGCUGGAUCCGCGCCGCCCAGACGCUCGAGCCGCUGAGCCACCACGACGUGGGCCUCAAGGGCUCGGCGUAUCUCGACAUUGUCGUGUCCCCGCUCGGAUACCGACACCUGGCGCUGUACGGAUCGUCUUCCUCGGACGAGCCCGUCUUCCUCACCGCCGGGCCGUGGGAGGUCGACGAGCUGGUCCACGUCGAUGCGCGCAGGCGGAGGGCCUACUUUACCGCCGCCCGACCCAGCCCAGCGGAGCGCCACCUCUACUCGGUCGACCUCCCGGACUGGAGCGUGCCCUCGGGCCUGGCGAGCUACAGCGUCAAGGAGCCGGAGCCGCUGACCGACCACAGCCGGCCCGGGUACUACUCUGCCAACUUCGACCCCAAGGGCGCCUACUACGUGCUCGACUACAAGGGACCCGACGUGCCCUACCAGAAGGUGGUCGGCGUCGACAACUCGACGUGGGAGAUGACGCUCGAGGACAACUCGUUGCUGCGCCAGAUUUCGUCGCAGUACGUGCGGCCGCAGUCGGUCUUCUACAACCUCACGCUCAACGGCACCACGCUGCCGGACGGGUCGCCGGUCGCGGUGAGCGUCAAGGAGCUGCGGCCGCACGACUUUGACGCCAGCGGGCGCACCCAGUACCCGGUGCUGGUGCAGGUCUACGGCGGGCCGGACUCGCAGAUGGUGGCGGGCAAGUGGGACCGCGCAGACUGGCACCAGUACCUGGCGACGACGCACCGGUACAUUGUGUGCACCAUCGACGCGCGCGGCACGGGCUUCCGCGGGCAGGCCUACCGCGCCUCGGUGGCGGGCAACCUGGGCGACGUCGAGGCGCGCGACGUCAACGCGGCGGCGCGGCUGAUUUCGAGCCUGCCCUACGUCGACGCCGGACGGAUGGGAGUGUGGGGCUGGAGCUACGGCGGCUACCUGAGCAACAAGGUCGUGGAACGCAACGAGCACCUCUUCAACCUCUCGAUGUCGGUGGCGCCCGUGACCAACUGGCGCUUCUACGACUCGGUCUACACGGAGCGCUACAUGAAGUCGACGACGGCCAACGCGGCGGGGUACGAGCACGCCGGCGUCCACGUGGCCAACGGCCAUCUCAACGUGCCCAUCCUCCUCGCCCACGGUACCGCCGACGACAACGUCCACUUCCAGCACUCGGCCCACCUGAUCGACAUGCUCACCAAGGCCCGCGCGCGCGGCUGGAGGUUCCGCAUGUUUACCGACAGCGCCCACAGCAUGCAGAUGCGCGGCGCCUACCGCGAGCUGUACGAGGAGAUGACCGAGUGGCUCGUGUCCAAGUGGGGAAAGGGGGCCAGGGUCGGCGACGAGGCGGGGAAAGCGAGUCUGAAGGGGUGA